AUGACAGUGGUAGCCAAUGAGAAGAACAAACUGAUCCCACUCAGGCCUGUUCGUGGGUGGAAGGUGUGUAUGGAUUAUCGAAAGCUCAACUCGUGGACAUUAAAGGAUCAUUUUCCAAUGCCCUUCAUGGAUCAAAUGCUUGAUCGACUGGAAGGAAAGGGAUGGUAUUGCUUUUUGGAUAGUUAUUCUGGAUAUAACCAGAUUUGUAAUGCUCUGGAAGUCAGGAGAAGACAACUUUUACAUGCCCAAUUCAAUAUUGUACUUGAUUGGGAGAAGUGCCACUUCAUGGUUAAGGAGGACAUUGUUCUUGGGCAUAACAUUUCAAAAAAAGGAAUUGAAGUUGAUCGAGCAAAGGUUGAAGUUAUUGAGAGGCUACGACCUGCAAUUUCUAUGAAGGGGGAAGCGAAGUUUUCCUUCGAUGAAGAUCACUUGAAGGCAUUUGAAUGCCUUAAAGGGAAGCUGGUUGAAGCCCCUAUCAUUGUAGCACCAAAUUGGUCCAAGCCAUUUGAGAUCAUGUGCGAUGCAAGUGGUGUUUCCCUUGUAGCUGCUUUAGGAUAA